AUUUUUAAUACAAAUAAAUAAAAUUAAAAUUAAAGUGAAAAUGCCACUCAGAUGGAAGCAACGAUUAAGCAAAAUAUGUGCUAGUAAGAGUCGAAGUUGCAGUAAUGAGUUGUUAAUGAUGUGAAAUAUCAGCGCAGCGAGCUAACAUUGCAACUAUUAAAGGUUCAAGAGGCGGACAGAACAUAAACUUGCAAACAAACAAUCACACAUACAUAUGUAGAGAAAGUGCGCAAAUAUUAUUGUUAUUACCACGGAACGUCUGUAGCGACCUGCCAACGCAACAUAUGCAUCCAUAUCUGCACAACAACACGCCCAUCACGUUGCUCCUCCCACAACCGUCUACAGCGCCCAUUUAAUGCUUUCACAAACUGCCAGCAACCAACAACAUCAACACCACUAACAAAAACCACACACACUUACGCUACAAAUACUUUUUUUAAACAAUAUCAUUAACACGGACGCGUCAGCGGAGUUGCCACUGAUGAACGUGUACAUUUAUUAGAAUUGCUCGGGAUCGAAUAUGGAUCGUAGUAAGAAUAAUAGUUUAGAAUUUGGUAACAAUACAACAGCGUCGGCUGCUGCUGCUGCCGCAAUGUCAGCGCCCUGGGCGAAUAAUAAGGAAUCGUCAGCGCAGCCAAACGAGGAUGAUUCGCCGGAAGAUGACGCUGAUACCGCCACGCCCGCCAAGGUCACCGAUCCGCUAGCGCCCAAACUAGCCAAUAAUGAGCGUGUACUGAUCGUCUCCGUCACCGAACGCAACCGUGAAACGUGGAGUCAAAAGGCGGAGUUCUUAUUGGCCGUUAUUGGUUUUGCCGUCGAUUUGGGUAAUGUUUGGCGUUUUCCCUACAUUUGCUAUCAGAAUGGCGGCGGUGCUUUUCUUAUACCCUACUGUGUGAUGUUAAUAUUCGGUGGCCUACCGCUCUUCUAUAUGGAAUUGGCUUUGGGGCAAUUUCAUCGCUGUGGUUGCUUAAGCAUUUGGAAGCGCAUUUGUCCGGCUUUAAAAGGUGUCGGUUACGCCAUUUGCCUAAUUGAUGUUUAUAUGGGCAUGUACUACAACACGAUAAUCGGCUGGGCGGUUUACUAUCUAUUCGCAUCGUUCACAUCAACCCUACCGUGGACGUCUUGUGGCAAUUCGUGGAACACCAAUAGUUGCAUGCCAGUAACGAACGAAAAUUUCACCGAUAAGGCGACCACACCAGCCAAGGAGUUCUUCGAACGCAUGGUACUCGAGCAGUACAAAUCGGAUGGCUUGGACUAUAUGGGUCCCAUUAAGCCCACAUUGGCUUUAUGCGUCUUUGGCGUAUUUAUUUUGGUGUACUUUUCGCUGUGGAAGGGUGUGCGCAGCGCUGGCAAGGUUGUGUGGGUAACAGCAUUGGCGCCAUAUGUGGUGCUUUUCAUAUUAUUGGUGCGCGGUGUGUCGCUGCCAGGCGCAAUGGAGGGCAUACGGUAUUAUCUGACGCCCGAGUGGCACAAAUUGCAGAACUCUAAGGUUUGGAUCGAUGCCGCCUCGCAGAUAUUCUUUUCGCUUGGUCCCGGUUUCGGCACAUUGCUCGCAUUAUCUAGUUACAAUAAAUUCAAUAACAAUUGCUAUCGAGACGCGUUGAUAACGAGUAGCGUUAAUUGUUUGACGAGCUUUCUGGCGGGUUUCGUGAUAUUUUCAGUAUUAGGCUACAUGGCACAUGUGCAGAAGACCUCAAUUGAUAAGGUGGGUCUGGAAGGUCCUGGUCUUGUGUUCAUUGUCUAUCCGGAGGCCAUAGCCACAAUGAGCGGCUCAGUUUUCUGGUCCAUUAUAUUCUUUCUCAUGCUCAUCACAUUGGGUUUGGAUAGCACAUUUGGCGGUUUGGAGGCUAUGAUAACCGCGCUCUGUGAUGAAUAUCCACGCGCCAUUGGUCGACGCCGCGAAAUCUUUGUGCUGCUACUUUUGGCUUGCAUCUACCUGUGCGCGCUGCCGACUAUGACUUAUGGCGGCGUGUUCUUGGUAAACUUCUUGAACGUGUACGGACCCGGUCUGGCUAUAUUAUUCGUGGUAUUCGUGGAAGCGGCUGGCGUGUUUUGGUUUUACGGCGUCGAUCGUUUCUCUGAAGAUGUGGAACAGAUGUUGGGCAUUAAACCGGGUAUUUUCUGGCGCAUCUGUUGGACUUAUAUAAGUCCGGUAUUUUUACUGGCCAUUUUUAUAUUCUCCAUACUCGGCUAUGAGGAAAUGUUGGGCGAAGAAUACCAGUACCCCGAAUGGAGCAUUAAAGUCGGCUGGGCUGUCACCUGCUCCUCGGUACUCUGCAUACCGAUGUACAUCAUUUACAAGUUCGUAUUUGCGUCCAAAGGUGAUUGUCGUGAGCGCUAUCGAGACGCCUUCAAAGUGCCACCGCAUUGUGGCUCAGUAUUGCCAGGCCAACAAGGCACCACUGUGUGACAUGAUUCCGAAAAAGCAAUGCAGC